AUGAAUGAUGAAAUGACCAACAGUCCACAACCAGUAUCAGUAGUAUCAUCAGCAUCUGUAUUUGGUGUUGAUCCAUAUUUAGUACGAUAUGGUUCAAUAUUUCUACUGGUAGUUGGUACAUUUGGUAAUGUUCUUUCAUUUAUUAUAUUUUCUCAAGGUACAUUACGAAAAUCAUCAACAUUUCGUUAUCUUGCAUUACUUUCCUUAAUGGAUUUAUUAGUACUUUAUUCUGGUUUACUUGAUUUAUUUCUUACAAUUGAAUAUGGUAUUGCAUUUUCAUUAAGAAAUCUGAAUCCAAUAACAUGUCGUUUACAUACAUUUAUAACAUAUUGGUCUCAACAUUCAUCAUCAUGGAUAUUAUCUUUUAUAUCUGUUGAUCGUGCUAUAGCAACAAAUUGUAUACAAUUUGCAAGAAAAUUUUGUACACCACGUUCAGCUGACUAUAUUGUUGCAAGCAUAUUAGUUAUCACUGCUUUACUUAAUUGUCAUGAAUUAGCAUAUCUUCGUUUACAAGAUACAGAUCCAAUUGAUUUAAUAACAAAUUCAGAUGAACAUACAACAUUAUCACCUUUACGUUCAAGUUUUUCAACACAAAUUUCAUUUACAUUAACAGAUUUCGAAAUAAACAAUAAUAAUAAUAAUAAUAAUAACAAUAGCACUGAUGAUGAUAAUAGACAACAACAAAAAAGAAAUAUAGAAUCAGCAUUUUUUUUACGCUCAAUUUGUAAUAAUGCGAAAUGGAAUUUUUUAUGUCCAAGAGACAAACGAGAUAUAACAUCAUCAUCAUCAUCGCCGUCGUCAAUAUCAAAUCGGUUUUUUUAUUCGUCAUUAGCUACAUCGAUUCCAAAUGCAACAACAAAUAUAUUACGAUUUGAUUCAUCAACAACAACUUUAACUGUUCCUCAAUGUGCUGCAUUAAAAGGAAGUCGAUAUGAAUAUUUUUGGGAUCAUGUAUGGGAAUGGGUUGAUGUAUGUCUUUAUGCAAUUAUUCCAUUUACUGUAAUGAGUAUUGGAACAUUUUUAAUUGUUUAUCGUGUUUAUUAUCAACAACGACGUGUAUUUCGUUCACGUCGUCCAGGACACCAUAAACAAGCAGGUGGUGCAACACCAAAUAAAGCAAAAAUUGUAUUUGUAACAACUAUUUUAUUUCGUGAUCCAAAUGAAGAAGUUGCUUAUCCACGUUUUAAAGCUAUUAUUUAUCUAAUGCAAUAUUGUAAUCAUUCAUUAAAUUUUAUUUUUUAUGGUAUAACAUCACCACCAUAUCGUCGAACAUUAUGUGAAUGGUUUCAAUUAAUUAUUUCACAUUUACCACAAUGUUGUCAAGGACGAAUUCGACGACGAUCAAAAACUAUUCAAACAAGAACAAUUCGUAUUCCAAGUAAUAAUAUACCACAACAAAUUAGAUUAUCAAAUACUAAUGAUCAACAAUAUUUGACUAGAAAAUUGAAUAAUAGUCAUUCAUCGAAGAUGACAAUUAAAGAUGGUUCUAAAAGAAAUCUAGAAAAAGAAUGUAUCUCUCUAUUACCAAGAUAG